AUGCCGAAUGGCAGACACGCGGUGGUCGAGUUUUCACUCACCUCCCUUGCCGAACAGCGGCACGCAGUGGUUGAGCUUUCGCUCACCCUCGGCUUUUAUUGCCAUUCCCUUCCAAUCUUCCAACCUCCCUUCUUGCUUGGGGACUUAGGGGACUACAUGAUCACCAUCGGCAUGAUCAAACAAAGAAAGACACUCGUACUCAGGUCAGAAUGCCGGAGCUCAGUGACAAGCAAGUCCCUAACCAAGAAGUCCCUCCUCGAUCGGAAACUUGGGGGACUCCUGUUUGUACCAUAUCUGACCCCUCCAGUCACAUCUUAA